UCAAAUGCAGUGUGGUACAUCUAGCUGUCAGUCAAUUUAGGUGGGGAAGAUCUGCAAGAAUAGACCUAUAGAAGAUUGGUUAGCAGCUCUCCGUCAUCAACUAACUAACUAAUUAGUUAAGGCUUCGAAUUUGUCAGACAAAAUCAAUGAGAGUAACUUAAUCAUGAAGAUGCCCGCGACUCCGAGGCCGCAACUCACACAACCCCGCGACUCCGCGACUCCGCAAUAACUAGAGGCUUGCUCAGCACCCACGAAUCUAGGAAUAUAUAAGUAUCCCUGAAGUUCCAUUCCAGACCCAACACAGUUCAGAUACAAAUCACAUACGGCACAGUGGGUGAAAAGGCUCAAUAACAGCAUCCUCCACACCAUGGCGACUACCUCCGACAGCACGAAAACCAACUCAUAUUUCCCUCUAGCGGGUGCCCGACAGGACGGAUGGUCUGAUGGCGACCGAGCAACAGCUACAUGCUUCUGCGGUGCUGUCCAGCUGAGCUUUCCAACCCAGGGCCCUGGCCUCGUCGACACCUUCAUCUGCAAUUGUACGGACUGUCGCAAGAUCACCGCAUCAAUGUUCGCCUCGAACUUUACCAUCGAUGACCAGCAUUUGGUCCAUGAGCGCGGCCGCGAGUUGCUAUCGUCGUAUAGCCAGUCCAAGACCGUGGCCUCGGGGAACAACAUGACCAACUUCUUCUGCUCGGUUUGCGGCACCCUGAUGUACCGUGUUUCGACUGGUUUUCCCGGAAUGAGCAUUCUACGCAUUGGGACUAUAGAUGAUUUCGCCCUGCACGAGAAUCAGUUGAAGCCGCGGAUUGAACAGUUUGUGAAGGAUCGUGUGGGUUGGUUAAGCGCGGCUGAGGGUGUCAACCAGGUCCAUGGGAAUUACUAUGCUUGAGGAUGGUUUCAAGUUGGGCUGGAAUAUUCUAUAUCCAAAAUGCCUGGUUCUGGUUCUAAAGAAAUGUUGCUUGGAAAAAGCUAUAGGAAAAAGAUUGAAAAAAAAGCCUAGACUUAGUCUAACCCAGAGUGCUCGGAGCAUUGAACUUCAAUACUUGAAAGACCUGGAUACUGCUCAUAUCCAGAGCC